GUGGGUGGGUUCUGUCACUAGCAGCAGGGUGUUUGGAGUCUGGUGGAAAGUGAGUGGCCGCCCGAGGCUUGGAGCCCCUGGCCAGGCCGCCUUAUGGAGCUCGAGAAUAUAGUAGCCAACACCGUGCUGCUGAAAGCCAGGGAGGGUGGCGGAGGAAACCGGAAAGGCAAAAGUAAAAAAUGGCGACAGAUGCUACAGUUUCCCCAUAUUAGCGAAUGCGAGGAGUUGAGGAGGAGCCUCGAAAGAGAUUAUCACAGUCUGUGUGACAAGCAGCCAAUCGGACGUCUCCUGUUUCGUCAGUUUUGCGAAACCCGGCCCGAGCUCCUACGCUGCGUCCGAUUUCUUGAUGCCGUGGCUGAUUAUGAAGUUUCGCCUGAUGAGAAGCGCAAAGAAUGCGGGAAGCUGCUGAUUGAGAAGUAUCUUAGUAGUGAGAGUGAAGAUUACAUUCCAGAAGUUCCUGAGCAGCUGGUCAGUGGCUGUGUGGAGAGCCUAGAAAGUGAACCGUUCAAAGAACUUUUUAAAGACUGUUCAAAGCUUGUCCAUGACUUCCUGAGCAUGGCCCCAUUUUCUGAUUACUUGGACAGUGUCUAUUACAAUCGCUUUCUGCAGUGGAAAUGGCUUGAGAGGAGCCCAGCUACAAAGAACACAUUUCGACAGUACAGAGUUCUUGGCAAGGGAGGCUUUGGAGAAGUGUGUGCCUGUCAAGUACGAGCGACGGGGAAAAUGUAUGCCUGCAAGAAGCUGGAGAAAAAACGAAUAAAGAAAAGGAAAGGGGAGUCGAUGGCUCUGAAUGAAAAACAAAUUCUUGAGAGAGUCAACAGCAGGUUUGUAGUUAGUCUGGCAUAUGCGUAUGAGACCAAAGAUGCCCUGUGCCUGGUGCUCACGUUGAUGAAUGGAGGGGAUUUGAAGUUUCACAUUUAUCACAUGGGUGAUUCUGGAUUUAAUGAAGAUCGAGCAAUAUUUUAUGCUGCUGAAAUCUGCUGUGGCCUUCAAGAUCUACACCAGGAAAGAAUAGUGUACAGAGACCUGAAACCAGAAAAUAUUUUGCUGGAUGAUGAUGGACACAUUAGGAUUUCAGACCUUGGACUUGCGGUGCACAUCCCGGAAGAUCAGACCAUCAAGGGCAGAGUGGGCACUGUAGGCUAUAUGGCGCCUGAAGUAGUGAAGAACGAGAGAUACACAUUCAGCCCUGACUGGUGGGCCCUCGGCUGCUUAUUGUACGAGAUGAUUGAGGGGCAGUCCCCUUUCCAGCAGAGGAAAAGGAAGAUUAAGCGUGAAGAAGUGGAGCGCAUGGUGAAGGAGGGACAGGAGGAGUAUUCUGAUAAGUUCUCUCCAGAUGCAAAAUCGCUUUGUACCAUGCUCUUGCAUAAAGACCCCAAGCAGCGACUGGGGUGUCGUGGAAGCGGUGCUCAGGAGGUAAAAGAACACCCUCUGUUUAAAAAUAUCAAUUUCAAAAGACUAGAAGCUGGAAUGUUGGAACCCCCAUUCAAACCAGAUCCUCAGGCCAUUUAUUGUAAAGAUGUCCUUGAUAUAGAGCAAUUCUCAACGGUAAAAGGGGUUGAGCUUGAGGAGACGGACACGAACUUCUACAGCAAGUUUGCCACCGGAUGUGUGUGCAUUCCAUGGCAGAACGAGAUGAUUGACACCGACUGCUUUUGGGAGCUGAGUGCAAUACCGGCCGACGGGACCAUUCCACCUGAUUUAGACUGGAGGGGUCUUCCAUCCCCACAGCCAAAAAAAGGACUUCUGCAGCGUUUCCUCAGCAGGCGGGACUGCUGUGGCAAUUGCAGCGAUGGUGAAGAUGAACCGACUCGCCUGUAGCUCUCGUGGGACCUCAAAACUGAUUAGAGUUCAACUGGUUUACAUUUUUUUGCACACUUAUAGCCAUUAACCUCUCCUUAAAGGGGGUUACAGACCCCCACCCUGUAUUGUGCCUCUAAACAUCCCCCCAUGGAGUUUAGGUGUUAAAACAAUAUUGUAAUGUAUUAAUGCAAAUCUAUAAAUAUAGGAAUGUAUAUUUUCUGAGGAUAUUGCCCCCACAGGCUUCUGUAACUCCUUCCCUCUGCCAUUGGCCCAAUGGACUAAAACAUUCUCUCAGGAAAGGUGUAACAUAUGAAAGUAUCUUAAAGGUGCAUUAAUGCUUCAUUCUAUUCCCAGGACUUGGUGGAGCAAGCUAUAUUUGCUUCAAUGGCCUGCCUCUGAGGAGCACACUUUAUGCACAGGAGUUGGAAGUGCAUAUUCACGCACUCCUAAUGUUUUUCCUUACCUCACUCCUGCUAGGAUAGGAUUUGUGCUGCGCAGUGCAUUGUUAGUGCGAAUCAUCUCACUGAUUCAAUUAUGGGUUGUAUGGAAUAUCUAUUGUAUACUCCUGGGUUUGGGAAGAUACCCUAUAUUGUUUGUCACUGUAGGAGGAAAUCUGUAUUUUAUUCAAA